AUGUCGCAAGCACCGCAACAGGGUUUCGUAGCUGAGAAAGCGCAGGAGUUGAACCGGCGCACCUCCCAUGACGACAAGCGACCAGAUCGAGACGCCCAGAAUGACAAAGACAAGGCAGACAAACAGGAAGCGCCUCGGGAGAGCAAGAAUCCUUUCUCUCCCAACAUUUAUAGAGGAAGAACAGCUAGCCACUUCGAGAUGGGUCCUCGUGGCUUAGACUAUUCACCACAUCGAAUGGGCCUGGAGUUCUCUAACCGAUUAAGGGAUUACGUUCCGCAAAGAUCAUCGUCUAUUCAAGGCCAUGAGUUGACAGAUGCACCAAUGAAGCCAGAGUAUUUAGGUCAUCGGAACCACUUUGGAAGCCAGAUAGUGCCUGGCGGAAUCCACCCAGAUGUGGUAUACAGGCAGGACUAUUACGGGCAAGUUGGCUUCCCAGCGAGAACUUCCCGGUUUUCCUCGCAGGAGUAUUUGAAUGCGCCGGCGCAGUAUGGUCGCUGGCCAGAAUAUCGUGUUGAUUACAGGCAACGCCGCAGAUCCCAACAGGAUCUGCACUCCAUCGAGCAUAGUCCCGAAUCAGGUAUGAAUGAAAUCAAUUCACACGACUUUUUACUGUUGCAAAUAGAACUAAAUACAUUUCUAAUGUAA